CAGAUGAGCGAGCCUCCAACCCCGGGAUCCAGGCCGAGUCCUUAGGCCCUCACCCCUCCACCCCAAGGCAUCCUCUAUUUAUAAGGCGCGUCCGCUCCUCCGCGCUCGCCCGCUCCGUUCGAUGCUCCGUGCCGCGGACUGUACCAAGUCCAGCGGGGCCGUGAGCUGCGGAGCCCGACACCCGCACCGGCGCGAGCUCGGCAGCCUGCGCGAGUCUCUGAGCCCCUCUUCCCACCGACGGCCAGGAAUGGUCCGUCUGGCCGCGCACGCGCCCUGAACCCCGCUCGCCCCUCGCUCGCACGCUCGCUCGCUCGCCUAGGCUCUCUGAACGCAGGCGCAGUGCCCGGCCUUGCAGCCGUCACCGCCGAGCCUGAGCCGGGGCUGCCGGCGUCGCCUGACGGUGCUUGGCGUCUUAGAAGGUGGUCGUUAAAGGCCCAAGGCAUCGUGGGAAGUUGUCACGGGGCAUUGUCUGGUAUCGGGGGUUUGUCCGAGCCCUUGUCCUACCUUAGCGUUGUGCGGAAAGUAAGUCUGGCUGCGUACAGGAUGUCAGUACUGAGGGAUGGUUCCACCUGACACCCGGAACAUUCUGGAAGGAGCUUUGUGUAAUCAUUCCUCGCUGUCUGCCAACACUCUGCAAUAGAAGAGCUUGUGGCUGGAGGUGUGAUUGGGAGAGCUGGCCGGGGAGGGACCCUGCCCAGUUGCUGCUCUGCUCCCGUCUCUUGUCCCCUCCCCUGGCCAUGACAGAGACCCGUGAGCCAGCUGAGACUGGAGGCUAUGCCAGCUUGGAGGAAGAUGAUGAAGACCUUUCCCCAGGCCCGGAGCCUUCUUCUGACUCUGAAUACACUCUUUCAGAGCCCGACUCUGAGGAGGAGGAAGAGGAAGAGGAGGAAGAGGAGACCACUGACGACCCUGAAUAUGACCCUGGCUAUAAGGUGAAACAGCGCAUAGGUGGGGGCAGGGGAGGCCCAUCCCGCCGGGCCCCCCGAGCAGCCCAGCCUGCUGGCCCACCUGCACAGCCCUGCCAGCUCUGUGGCCGAUCACCGCUGGCAGAGGCCCCACCCGGUACCCCACCUUGCCGACUCUGCUGCCCUGCAACAGCAACCCAAGAAGCCCCAGCCCCUGAAAGCAGGGCUCUUGGUGAGGAAGAGGAGGAGCCAUCUCGCAUGGGGGAGAGCCGGCCAGCAGGGCGGGAUGGAGAUGAAGAUGAGGAGGAGGGGGGUACCUACCACUGUACGGAGUGUGAGGACUCCUUUGACAACCUCGGGGAACUGCAUGGUCACUUCAUGCUACAUGCCCGGGGUGAGGUUUAGGUAGGGCCACCAGGGAGCUGGUGGAGGGGUGGGUGGGAGCAGGGGCUGCGGAAGCUGCAGUCGGGGCUGGGUCCUACCCAUGUGUGUUGUCUUAGCAGUAGAUAUGUGAAGGGCAGAAAGAAUAAAAGCCAGAUUGUGUGUG